AUGGAUGAAGCGCCAUGUUCUUCAUCGGCAAGAUCAAUCACCAAAGGAAAAUCCUCAAUCGAUCUCAACAUCGGUAUUACCUUGCUGAACGACGAUCUUCUCCACAAUAUUUUCACCAGACUCCCCGCCCUACCGUUCGCUUCCGCAUCCUGCGUUAACAAAUCUUGGAAUUCCAUCUGCAGUCGCAUCAUUUCUCUCCCUAAGCUCUCUUCCGCACUUUCUCUCAACCCUUUGCUUCGCGAGGCUGUGAAGGAGGUUGUUAACAAGGUUCUAUCUGAGCCAAUUCGACCUCAUUUUGCUAUUGUCAAUGUUGGAUGUGGAUUCGACACCAACAAGAUUCUGUGCCUUAUUAAACGAAAAUUAGGGUUCAAUGUUCCGAUUAUUGUCACGGUCAAUAAUGGUAUUAUUGGAAGGGACGCUCUUACGGAUGAAUUUAAAGAGGUCAAGUGGGGUGCCCGUUUUAGUGGCAUUGGUGACGAUGAAUAUGCAAGACAUAUUAAUGAAGGCAUAGUUUUGACAAUUGGCUACUUGCCAGGAUUGAAAGUUGAAGCUAUACCAUUAUUACGACCUCCAAAGACAUCUCAAGAACUAUGCGUUGAUAGUUUUGUUAUGGAUAUCAAAGAAUACUCAGCCUCUGUCUCUGGUCGCCAAUUCCCUGCUGGGGUUAUAUUAUUUGGAGAAGCUAGGACUGACAUGAAGCUAGUUCUGGAGAAGUUGGAUUAUGCCAUGCCUAUAGACACAGUCAUUGUGGGGGAUGAGAGAGGCUGCUCUGUAUUCAGAUGCGGAAAUGAUUCCAGAAAUGCUCGUUGUAGUAAAGGGUUCAUAGAAGCUGUUGCUCUUGUAUUUGCUCAGGACAGAGCCAGGUCUUCUGGAAACAUUAGAUUUCAUGUUGCUUUCUCAAAUGGUGUUUCACCUGUGGGCGGCAAAUACAAAGCAGCUUCAGUUAGAACAAACAGUGCCGAUUAUUCGACGUGGCUAACUGCCAAAAGGGAAGGGCAUCAAGAACGUCUUGAUGGUGAGACUAUUCUGCAUGAUAUUAACACUUUGCUGGAAAAUCACAUUGAGCCUCCUGAGUUGUACAUUGGGGUAACUAAAAAUAGGAAAGUCUCCAUUGGAGCAGAGAAGCCAAUGCCAAGAACUUGUAUUGCAUAUCAUGGAGUUGUGGGAAGUGACGAAGAGUAUCUGUAUGUUGAUGGAAUGGGUAUCAAAACAGGAGAUAUCUUUCAGUUCUACCAUUCAGAUCCUAAUGCCGCAUUGGCUUCAUUAACCGAGGUUCGUGAUUCCCUUAACAAUAUAAAGCUGGAGAGGAGUUCCACUAGUUUCAAGGGUGAUGGAGACAAUGCUACCAAUGUUUUUGGCGGGAUUCUUUUUGCUUGUUAUGGCCGCGGCGAUUCAUUUUUUGGACGUCCUAAUGCUGAUAGCUCCCCCUUCUUAGAGAAUUUUCCUGGAGUGCCAUUGGCUGGAAUAUUUUGUUGUGGAGAAAUGGUGCGUCCUUGUACCACUUUGAUUGGUCAAUCUCCAGAUGUAAAGCCCAUCAGUUGCUUUUUGCAUGUUUAUAGCAGUGUCUAUUUAGUGAUGUCAUACGAUCCUCCCUCUGUGGGACAUUAG